GAGUAAAAAUCUCUACUUACUCAGUAAUGGAGUUGAGUAACCUGUCUGCAUCAUUGCCCUGUUUUUUAAGACGUUUCAUAAAAACACCAUUUAAUGCACAUGACGCAUCAUUUAAACAUAGUUUCAUGCAUCCAUUCUAUCCCUUCACUUUUCCUCUCUCCGCUUAAUGCAUUUUAGGACUGUCCCAAUUUACCUGAAGCCCUAUUUGUUCAUUUGUGACAUCAUAAUUAAAUUAUAGGCUACACAUUUGUACAUGAUUUGAACUAACGCUACGCUUAUUUCGUCACAGUGAUGCAUCUUAUGUUUACAUGCACCAUACGGUAAAUAUGUGGAAUAAAUCAUUCAUGACAGUUUUUUAACCAUAUUGGGAAAAAGGCAUACUCAAAACAAAUGUCUUUUCGUCAGAUGUCCAGACUUCAAGAUGGUUGGGGUCAACUUCCUGUUUGAGUCUGAUCACAGCCACUUAUAUGAUGUUACGUAAAUUAAUAAGUCGUGUUAUUUUUCUUGCACUGAAAGAGCUCAGUGGCAAAAGUUUCGACUUUCACUUAUCAGGGUCAGAAAAUAAAUGUCCCUGAAUUCACUCUGAAUAUUCUUUCAUUUUAAUAUUUAUCAGUCCUUUUUAUUAAUCCAAUAAUUUGUUUACAUAAAAAAAAGAUUGAUAAAUAAACUGCCGAUGAAUGAAAACAUCAGUCCUUCUACACAACUUGGGGCUGAAUGAAGUUCAGGGUGCAGGAAGCUGAGUCGAAGCUGCCCAGUGCGCGUGAAGCGCGAGCUCCCUCUACUGGCCAGUGUAAGGAUGUGAACAGGAGUGUAAACAUUCCCAGGAUGCCCAUUAAAAAGUUGGAUAUUUUGCACAGUUCUUUUCCAUCACCGUGUCCUUUAGCUAUAGCGUUCAAUUGUGCUUUUGUUUUUAAUAUUUCAGUUGUUUGUUUGUUUGUUUGUUUGUUGUUCAGCAUUCUAUUCCGAGUGCAAAUGCAGUGGAAGUAACAAAGUGGCUAAGAUAAAAUGUCUCGACACGCAUCCAAUCAAUUUGUGGCAUGUGGGCACGAGAAAAGUCAACACCAUGUAUGUCAAAAUGCAAUUAUGGCUUGCAGCAGCCAAUUAACUUCACUCCAAACCAGAAAAAAAAAGUGUACACACUCCAAACAACCUCAUCCUUCCGUUUCUCGUUCAUGGGGGCGACCGUUGCGUCAAAACGGGAAACGAGGAGUGGCGCGUGGAUGCGCUUAAAUAGCCAGCCUUUGCGUUUGCACACAUCACAACACACAACUUCGUCUGCUCGGACUUGUUUUCUUUUAUUGCAUUUGAUUUCGCCAAAAAUUUGACUCGGUAUCAUGAUGCGCGAAGCUGUGCGCGCUCUUGUGGCGCUGUGGCUCUGGACGCUUCAUGGAUGCAGAAAUAGUGAAGCCGCCCCGAACCUUUCUUCACCGCUGCAAAGCUCCAACUGGGGAAACCCGCGGAGGUACGUGCACCUGCGCACCAGCACCGAGCUCAACAACUUCUACCUGGAGAUCAGCCUGACUGGACACGUGCGCAAAACAACGCACCGGGGUUCAUACAGUGUGCUGUUACUGAAAGCCGAGAGCAGGGACCAGAUCGCAAUACUUGGAGUGAAGAGUAACCGGUUCUUGUGCAUGGACGCGCAGGGAAACCUUUUCACAUCUACGGUCUGCCACGGGAAUGACUGCCUCUUCCAUCACAAGCUCUUGGAGAACCACCGCGACGUGUACUACUCCCCCCGGAGCGGCAUACUGCUGGAUCUGGAUGGGGUGAAGCAGGUGUACUCAGCGGGCCGCAAUCUGCCGCAGACGUCCCUCUUCCUGUCCGAGAAGAGCACGGUUCCACUGGAGCGCCUGCAGCACCGGGAGCGACGGGACCGCCAGGCUGAGGCGCUCGACUCGCAGCGCGCACGCGCGCACGCCUUUCUCGCAGAGGAGUCGGACUCGCGCGCUGCCCGCGACGACGACGUCGACGUGGAGCGCCCGGAGGAGCACAAGAGCUCGCGGGAAACUCACGCAUCGCCGAACGACGACGACCCCUGGGACGUGGAGCACGUCAGGAGCCCCGGGAGUCCCCGGAUGUCCGGGACAGUGGGGUGAAGUCACUCUUGAUUGGACAACAGGUGGACCGCAGAAAGUUCCUUCAGAUCAUAUCAAAUAAUGAUUGCACCUUGAUUUAACUUUUUUUUUUUUUUUUUUUUUUUUUUUUUUUUUUUUAAUCACACAAUAAAUAAUUAAAGUGCAGCAUUUUGCCAGCAGUGAGAUAAAACACCAGUAAGCACAAACUGAGUUUCUAACAGUGUUUCAUAUUGAUUGAAUCACACCAGCAUUAUUGUGCUGAUACAGCAACAUCUGGGAUUAGAUAUCUUAAUCCGUGACAUUAAAGUUAUAGAUCAGGAUCACGUGACUAUGCAAAAGGGCGUACUUGUGUAGAUUAGAACAUUCGCGCAAACACACUAGACCUAAUUUUCUAACAACAAAAACACGCGUGUGUGUGUGUGUGUGUAUGUGUGUGUGUGUGUGUGUGUCAGUCAGCAUCAGGAAAUACACACCGAUAAACACCAACCGUGGUUCAGAACCGUGUGACUCAGUCUUUUCGUGCACUUGGGUUCAGCGUUGGGGAUUUCUCUAGUGUAUAAAACGAUAUCAAGUUUUUUAAGCGCUUACAGCAGUGUCUGUAAUCAGAUGUUAUGUUUUUAAGCUCAAAAGCUGUUUAGGACCAAAGAAAGAAAGAAAG